CUCCAAACAGUCUUUCUUCUUGUGUGUCAUGGAGCCACAGUUCUCACAGGCUCCAUCUCUGAACUUGGUGGCUUUGGGUCCCUCCUUCACACCCUUCUUGUACCACUCGCUGAUGGUACUGAAUUGUCUCUGCUUCUCCUCCUGGGGCCUCUGAUGUGUCAGACUUGGCCGACCCAGGCUCACAUACCACGGCGCCUGACUGAUGUACUGCGGUAUGUGCGGGUUGAUGUCUCUAAAGGAAGGGACGAAACGGUUGAGAUGAUAGGAGCUUUUCCCCGGACUCCGCUCACCUCCCCUCUUCGUCGACCUCUGCCGGCGCCGUACCGGCCUUUCUGGCCUCCUCUAGUUCCUUCUUCUUCCGCCAGUCUUCCCUGGUUAACUUCUGAGCGGCCACUGUCGACGACAUCUUUACCUUUUUCGCAGCGUCUAAUUUUUGCAGGCACUUUGACCCCGUCCGUAGCGAAACAAAAUGGCGGAUUUGUUUAGCACGUCGGGGGAGGGCGGUCCAGGGAAACAGCCCAGCAACGCUACGAAGGCGAGACUGACUCAACUCAUUGAGCAGAACGUAUCAGAGAGCGGCAAGCUGUUCAGGAGUUUGUGCCAGCGCUCGGGAUCUAGAGAGGUGUUGCUCAAGGCUGCCAAGAGAAUGGCAGCCCAGGAAGGAACGAUGGAAAAUACUCUGAACGUGAGCUGUCGACCAGUGAAAAGUGUUGCACCUAUCACAUUGUCCUCCUCAGAAUCUUCGACAUAUCGAAAAACUUGUGGAGAGAUCUCUGGACCAGUAGGCCUGAUAUUUCAAACUUUCAUUCCUUCACUACUGUUUUUCUUGCAGAGCCCAUGAAGUUGGAAGAAGGUAUGUAGUAUUAGUUUCCACUCUAUACUCUAGUGAACUGCACACUUCCCUGUUUUGUG